AUGACCGAGUCGACCCGCACCGCCAAAGCCUCCAAGCUCGUCUCCCGAGAACCAUUGGAUCCCGCAGAGGCCGUUUGGAUACGGCUUAUGAAGACUACAUAUAUUGAUCCACUUGGCGUGGAGCGAACAUGGGAGUCAGCAGAGCGGCCGACCCGCCCGCCGACUUCCCCCAUUGACGGCGUAGGGAUCGUGACGAUUCUGAACAAGCCCACAGGCCCGGAACUUCUCCUGCAAAAGCAAUACCGACCGGCGAUUGACAAGAUCGUGAUCGAAGUGCCCGCCGGCCUGAUCGACGAGGGUGAAACGCCGGAGCAAUGUGCCGUCCGCGAGCUGAAGGAGGAGACUGGGUUCGUGGGGACGGCUGAAACGACGAGCACAGUCAUGUACAACGACCCCGGCUUCUGCAACACGAACCUCACCAUGGUCCACGUCCGCGUCGACAUGUCCCUCCCGGAGAACCAGAACCCGCAACCGCAACUCGAGGACAACGAGUUUAUCGAGUGCUUUUCCGUGCCUCUGGCAUCGCUGUUCGAGGAGACGAAGAAGCUCGAGGCAGAGGGGUACGCGAUCGACGCCCGAGUGGGGACCCUGGCGGAGGGCAUUGAGUUGGUGAGGAAGUUGGGUCUGAAGUUGUAG